AUGACCCAUCCAACAUAUUUCCAUUUUUUGCGACCCAUCCAGAUGUUCAACAUCCACUUGCUCAUCAAGCAUCCACACCAAAUCAGCGCACCGCCCUUCACCAAGACAUUCACAACGUACCAAACGAACACCACCCACACGAUCAACCGCAUAAUAAAUCUGCCGUAUUACCAUUUGCUGGUAGAACAAGGCAGGAUGUGUCUGGUUGGGAAGAAGGAUGGGAAGGUGUUUAGGGAAAUAGAGAUUGGGGAUGUAUGGGAUGUGGAGGUGAGCGGGAGAUGCGUUGUUGUGUUGAGUGGGGAUGGUGUUGUUGUGUUGGACAGGUACUUUAACGUGGUUUGUAGGAGGGAGUGGAAUGAUGAGGAUGGGAUAGGGCGUGAUGAGGAAUGCGAUGGAGUGGAAAAGGAUGGAGUGGAAAAGGAUGGAGUGGAAAAGGAUGGAGUGGAAAAGGAUGGAGUGGAAAAGGAUGGAGUGGAAAUGGAUGGAGUGGAAAAGGAUGGAGUGGAAAAGGAUGGAGUGGAAAUGGAUGGAGUGGAAAAGGAUGGAGUGGAAAUGGAUGGAGCAGUGAGAUCAGAUGGGGUAAAGAACGAUCGGACAAGAUCUCGUAAUGUGGAAGGGAGUAGAACGCGAUCAGUUGAUCUGGGAAAUGAUGGCGCAAAGUGCAGCCGUACCAGAGUUGAUGAAGUAAGGCACUGUUGUGCAGGGGACAGCAGAGUAGAAAACGUGGUGAAAAGAACGGAUGAGAACAAAAUGAAGAGGAACACCGGUAUUGGUGGCUACAGCACGAGAGAGGACCGUGGCAUGGGACAGUGUGAGCAUAUGAAGGUUAAACAGGGAGGUGUGCAGUGCUGUAGCAGUACGCCUCACGAUGAAACGGUGAGUGCACCUACUAAAAACCCUUUAUCGAUCGGCAAGAAGAGCGCAAGCAACCGCAGUACGGGCCAAAGGCCCGUUGCAUCGUUGCACGUGUGUGAGCAGUUCAUCUACGUGCUCAAAAAUGGUGCAUGCACCGUUUACACGCAUAAUCUACAAAAAGUGAAGGUGUUGCGGGAUGUGAGCGCAGUUCACAACGAUUUGAUCUACAGCACGUCCACUCACCUCGUGUACAUCGAAUCAAAGUACAAAAUACCAAACAUUACGGGCAUACGUGUCCACGAUGAUGUGAUAAUCGUUACAACCACCGAUACGCUGAGCGUAUACGUACGGCUCAACGGCGCGAUCUAUCGGAAAGCAAGCAUUCCUAAAUACGGCACACUCGUGCACACCGAUAAGGACACGAUAGUGCUGGUGAGCAAUGGAUAUGAGUACGUGAUAGGGAUUGUGAGGGAGUGUGCGGUGAGUGAUGGCGUGUUGGUGUUUGUGGAUGGUGAUGAUGUUGUUGUGAGUGAUUAUGGGAGGGGAAGAGUGCCUUUGCCGUUCUAUCAUUGGAGAAUUGAGGGGGUUGAUGCGUGCUGUGGAUGGAAUGGACGAAUUGGGUGGAUGAGGGAUGGACAUGUGUAUGUGAAUGGAGAGCGGAUUUUUAUGAUUGCGGAUGAGGAGAGGAAUGAGGUGGAGAAUGAGGAGAGGAAUGAGGAGAGGAAUGAGGAGAGGAAUGAGGAGAGGAAUGAGGAGAGGAAUGAGGAGAGGAAUGAGGAGAGGAAUGAGGAGAGGAAUGAGGAGAGGAAUGAGAAAAAUAACCAAAAUACGACGGGAAGCGCAACAAAGAAGGAGAAAAGUACGGGCGAUGUAACCAAAAAUGAUAAAAAUGAGUGCGUGCAUAGACAUAGGGCUAAAAAUGGUGAUCAAAACACGGAAAGAAGUAAAAAAGAGAAUAGCACGUGCAAUAGCAGUACGAUAGCGCAAUACCGCAUGUCAUACGCUGAUGACACGCUGUUCAUCAUCAAAAACAUUACCGAUCUCAAAAAGAACAGAACGUACUCCAAAGUGUACACCUGCGAUGGAUGCCUUGUCUUUGAUGUGCAUGUGUUCAAAAUUUUGGAUAACGGCCUUUUAUUAACGGUAAACGGUGAUUUGUGCAGAUUUGGCACACACGAAGGGAAAAGAUGUGCAAACAGGGAGAUGCACGCGCAUAGCGGUACACGGCACAGCAUGAAUGGUAAUGCUGGCAGUGCCGUGUUUGCACCUGUUUGCAGUUACCGAUUGGUUCACAAUUUCAGGUUAAGCAAGGAUCUGUUCAUGAUAAACGGUGUGAUGUACGUUGUGGGGGGUAGAGAAGGUUUGGAGGUGCAGGAUUUUAUCGUGCAGGACGAGCUGUUCAUAAUAAAAGGGGAAUUGCAUGUUUAUAAAAGGAGAAAUGCGAGAGGAUGUGAUGAGAACGAGCACAAUGAAGGAAAACACAGCGGAUGUAGCAUCGAUUGCAACAGCAGUGCAAGAGCAAGCACUGAUGCAAGCCGCUAUUCGCACACGAGCGGAGCCCUUGCUCAUUAUGAACGGGUACUAAGCGUAAAAUUGCACACCAAAACGAAAAUACUGCACGUAUUCAAACACUCCGUUCUUCUGUCCACAUACGGUAAUUUAGAAGGACUGGACCUGCCGUACCUCAUAAAGAAGGCGUUAGACGAGCAGGAUGAUAUAAACGAGGUGCUGAGCACUUUGAGGUGCAAAAACGUGGAGUACACCAAUUUUAAGAAUAUUUACGGGGUGGAAAGGACGUACGAAAACUUCUGCAAGAUAUGGGACGGUCUGCAGAUGCGUAUUGAUGAGGAUGAGUGUGUGCAGGAUGAUGCAAUCGAUAGCACCGGUAUCGCAAGAAAUGGUGCUAAUGAUGCGCUACCGGCCAAUUGCAGUGCUUCAUGCCCGUCAUCAAACGGCGGUGCACCGAUCACUCCAUCCUCAUUCAUCAACCAUUUCAUUGCUCUAAACGAUCCCGUGCUCACCACCAAAAUAUUUCUAAAAUGCAAAUUACCGCUACACGCCCUGCAAACGAUACGAAAUACGGAACGGAUUGAUCUUUUGCACAUUGUAAGGAAGGAGUACACGGAUGAUGAGGUGUUUAGAAGGGGGCUACUUCUGUUUGAUAUCAAGUUCAUAGAAAAAUUGAAGGAAGAGUUGAAUAUUAAGGUAAGUGUGGAUGAAAGUAAUGUACGGUUCUUUGUUUAUGACUACCUUGGCAUGUAUGAGCGUGCGUUUUAUUGCAUUGGUGAUGAGGACCGGGGAGAUGGGCUGAAGAGACGUGUAGAAGUAAAAGGGUGCGGUGAUGAGGACCGGAGAAAUGGGCUGAAGAGACGUGUAGAAGUAAAAGGGUGCGGUGAUGAGGACCGGGGAGACGGGCUGAAGAGACGUGUAGAAGUAAAAGGGUGCGGUGAUGAGGACCGGGGAGACGGGCUGAAGAGACGUGUAGAAGUAAAAGGGUGCGGUGAUGAGGACCGGGGAGACGGGCUGAAGAGACGUGUAGAAGUAAAAGGGUGCGGUGAUGAGGACCGGGGAGACGGGCUGAACCGCGCUGUAAAGAGCGAUCAACACGGGCUGAACACAGAACACCAACACGUUCCAUCAUCGAACGGUAAGGAACUUGAACAGCGUACAAACAGCCUGGCAGAGUGUAUCGACAGAAUAAGCCUGACCAGCGAUAAACUGAGGGAGCAGUACAUCACAAAAUACAAAUUAUAUGAAAUUGCAGCACAGCACAGACAGUUCUACAAAUUGGCACUACCGUUUUACAAGGGGCAGAGGGCGUACGAAAUAAUAAAACGGUUUGAUGCGCAUGAAAGUAUAAAAUACGCUAAAGAGCACAUAAACGUGCUCUGGCACGAAAUAGUACGUUACAUAGAUGAGGAUGACGAGCUGCGGAUGACCGAUAAUGUUAGGGCAGCGUAUUACGCACAGGUAGGUAAAACGAACGAGAGCAUUGCGUUGCUGCUACGAUGUGAACGGGUGUGUGAGGCGUUUAAGGUGUAUGCUGAUCAUAAGCGCGUGAGCAAAGCGGUGCAUACCGCACUCAUGGAGGGGUGCAGGGCGUAUCUGCACGGUAGGAUCGAUGAGAUGGUGCGGAUGAAAGACAAGGUGGUAAAACUGAGGGUCAAGUAUGAAAGGAUGAAAGAAGUGGAGAUGGAUGAUAUGAGCGUUAGUACCACGCAGUCAAGGUUAAAAGGUGUUGAGGGGGUUAAGAUCAGGUAUGAAAGGCUGGUUGGAGAGUGUGAGGAUAUGAUUGGGUUGGUGGAUAUGGUAAGGAUGGUUGGUGAAUGGGAAUGUGCGGGAAGAGUAGCAAAUGGGGUGGAUGGGCAAAGAGAAGCAUGGGGGCUGGCUGAGGAGCGAGGGGCAAAACGUAAGGGGAUGAUCAGAAACGAAAUAAACGGAAAGAAGGAGAACGUGAGUGAUGAACGUACCGAGAGUGUGAGUUUGAGAUGGGCAGAAAUGAGAACAGCAGUUGAAAUGGAGUUGGUUCUGUUGAGGAGUGAGAUAGAAGAAAUUUUACAGAAGUGAUGCGUGCUCUACGGUGGUACAAUGAAAAUAAAGUAAAACAUAUUUUGAUAUGCGCACGCUAAAAAUUUUAGCACGGCAGCUCUAUUUUUAUUUUAAUCGCAU